AUGUGGCGCUACGACUUUGAGAUUGAACGAGAGGGCGUUCCGCCCGUUUUCUAUUUUAGCCCAUCAGGCGCUCAGAUUGCCGCUCGACAGGCCGCGGCCGCGGCCUCCGGUGGGCACGUCAGCAGCUCGAUGAGUGGAAGUUCGCGCAAUGCUGCCAGGCAGCGCGCCGAUGACCCACAUGUCGGAAAAUAUAAGCUGCUCAAGACGAUAGGCAAAGGAAACUUUGCCAAGGUCAAGCUUGCAAAACACUCGCAGACGGGUCUCGAGGUCGCGAUUAAGAUCAUCGACAAGACAGCCUUGAACCCAAGCAGUUUGCAAAAAUUGUUUCGUGAAGUGAAAAUUAUGAAGCAACUUGACCACCCAAAUAUUGUCAAGCUUUUUCAAGUCAUCGAGACAGAGACUACUUUGUACUUGGUGAUGGAAUACGCAAGCGGUGGCGAGGUAUUCGAUUACCUUGUUGCCCACGGUCGCAUGAAGGAGAAGGAAGCCCGUGCGAAAUUUCGCCAGAUCGUCUCUGCAGUACAAUAUCUACAUUCCAAGAACAUUAUCCACCGAGACUUGAAGGCUGAAAAUCUUCUUCUCGAUGCCGACAUGAACAUCAAAAUCGCCGAUUUCGGGUUCAGCAAUCAUUUCUCCGUUGGGAACAAAUUGGACACAUUUUGUGGUUCACCGCCAUACGCUGCGCCAGAACUGUUUCAGGGAAAGAAAUAUGAUGGGCCAGAAGUUGACGUUUGGAGCUUGGGCGUUAUUCUGUAUACAUUAGUUUCCGGGUCCCUCCCGUUUGAUGGGAACAAUCUCAAGGAAUUACGAGAACGCGUCCUUCGUGGAAAGUACCGCAUACCUUUCUACAUGUCGACUGAUUGCGAGAACCUGUUAAAGAAAUUCCUUGUUCUGAACCCUCAAAGGAGAGGAACGUUGGAUUCGAUAAUGAAGGAUAGAUGGAUGAACAUUGGCUAUGAAGACGAUGAGCUAAAGCCCUACAUUGAACCGCAAAAGGAUCAACGGGACGAGGCGCGGGUCGGAAAGCUAAUUUCGCUCGGCUAUCGCAAAGAGAACAUCAUUGAAAGUUUGGACCGAGAGAGAUUUGAUGAAAUCCACGCGGCAUACUUGUUGCUUGGAGAGAAGAAGUCUGAUAUGGACGAGUUGGUCGCACCGCCGGCCCAGAAUGUGACUGCAUCAACGCAUAAUGUCGCCGGGGGUGGGGCGUCGGCUGGCAUUCAUUCCAGCCAUGGCCAGUCGCCAUCGAAAUAUUCACAAUCGGCUUCUGCACGGGUAUCUAGCACGCAGGCUGGAUCACAAGCUACGACCGCAACGCUUGGGGCCACCACCGCCAAGGAAAAAGGCCGCCGUAGUUCGCACGCUGACGCGGCCGUUAGCGGCAUGCAGCAACACAAGCCGACCGCUGGAACAGCUACAUCCGGUGUCCAGAUGCGCUCAACAACAUCGACUCGCGGGCCAGUGUUGUCGAUGCAGCCUGCACCCCAAAGCACUACAACAAAACGUAACACGCAAUUCGAUUUCGCGCCCCCGGCGGCGGGACAAGCCGGAAACCCGAGCACUGCACCUUUUGGACGGCCAGCGGCCCAAACGACUGUUGGGAGUGUUGUCAGCAGUUCGAAAAGACAGUCAACGGGUCGAGUGCCAUUGAUGACUCUUGCUGGACGGGUUGUUCCGGCUUCACAUCACAGAGAUCCGUUGACGAAUGGCUCAUCUUCUGCUCGCAGCUCAUCGUCAACUGGUCCAACUUCGGCAACGCUUAUAGCGAAGCUACCACCUCCUAUUUCGAACACUCCUGCUGUCCCGCAAGCUGCACAACUUGCUCAUAAGAUGAUACCGCCACCUGUGACUGGACUACAGAUUCCCUCGCACGAAUCCACACCAAUGCGUGGAGAUACGCCGACGGAGCUUGCUAAUCAACCGCCGAAAGACACGUCUGCCCCUCUGCCCACCCCGCCGCACGAUGUCGAACAGCACAAGCCGUCGACACUUCACCCGAGUCCAUCCAUGCCGCCUCAGAUGAUAAAGGAGAUGGACAACCUAUCACUGGAGGGAAAAAUGACGAAGAGCGCGACGGGAACAGCUCUCCCCUCGCACGGUUCGACCGCUCCAGCAUCACCCAACCCAUCGGGCCCUCUACUAUCCAGCGCCACCCGCUCGACUCCACCCCCAGCCUCCCCUUCUAAUCAGCCAGUCACCGGUGCAUCAAUCGCUCCCAACACCUCUUCACCACCCGGGUCCGCUUUUCCACGCAACAGCCGCAAUCGCCAGACAUUCCACGGAAAAACUGAACAUAACAAGGGAGGUGAUGACGGCGAUGAUUCGGAAGCUGAAGCUACUGCAACACCUGGUACUGGCAUUCAAUCGGCACAAAAGGGCGGCUUCUUCCUAUCGAAGCUUACCAAGCUCACGAGACGGGUUCCUGGUCAUGAUGGUGUGUUGAGUGCUACGGGUCCACACUCGGGACGAGCUGGAACGAUUGGUCCAAUCGCGGGGCAGGCAGCGGCUGCACAGCUCCGCGAACUGCGUGAAAAUGCUGGCCUAUUGGCCAAUAGCAACAACACGACGCCCGAGGGCUCUGCAGGUCCCAAUGACAUCAAACCGCGAUCGCUUCGGUUUACUUGGAGCAUGAAAACCACGAGCAGUCUGGCACCGGAUGAGAUGAUGAGGGAAAUCCGGAAAGUACUCGAUGCGAAUUCGUGCGAUUACGAACAACGCGAACGAUAUCUGCUCCUUUGUGUUCACGGGGAUCCCAAUACGGAUAGCCUGGUUCAAUGGGAAAUGGAGGUUUGCAAGCUGCCCCGGCUGAGCUUGAACGGCGUACGGUUCAAACGCAUCUCCGGGACCUCAAUCGGGUUCAAGAAUAUCGCAUCUCGGAUCGCCCAGGAGCUCAACCUU